ACCGGACUCAACGGUUUCAAAGCCAGUGUAUUUGUGUUUGGUUUGAUCAAACUGCUUCCACCGCUUUUUGGCAAGAUUCCCUCGGGUGCACGCGUUACGUAAAAUAACCGUCGCAGAGUGUACCUACCACAAAAAGGGAUAAAAAUAGACUUCCACAAUCAAUGUGCCUUGAAGAUAUCGCGGCCGUGUUGGUGGACUGACUACAGCUGGAUGCAUUCCCAUGGCACUUUAGUGUUUGUGAAGUGAUUGUUUAAAUUAGUGAAAUGGCUCACAACGUCGAGCCUAUGGAUAUAGAUAAUAUAGAAGGUGAUUUUGACAACAAGGAGAAUAGUUUACAUCACAGCAAUGUGUUACCAAGGACCCCAUGCACGGAGAAAGGCUAUGAGGAGCUGGAUGUGUCAGAACUCAACAUGAAACUCAGGUACUCUAUCACUCCAGCCUCUUCUCCUAUGUCUAAGAGCUAUACAGCUCACUGUCUCGAUAAUAGGAACUCGGAUUGUUCUGAUAACUCUAUUGAAAAUGCAAACUUGACCAGAUCUUUCAAUUCCAUGCUAACUAAAAAUGACAAUAUAUCCAAAUCUACAAAGCUCCAACCACUACAGUUACAUACAGCUGAGCAGUCCUUGGAUAAUAAUAGAAUCUCGUCUGUGUUAAGGACGCUAGAUUCUACUGUGACAGAUGACACCAAUAAUAUUACUGUGACUGUUACUGAUGCUCUAGAUACUGAUGAAAACUUGUCACUGCCGAGUUCCUCAUCAUCGGCUCUCCAUACUCCUGAAGCUACAACUCCUACUAAAGAGAUAUCUAAAAGCGAUGGAGGUUCACCUAUUAUGAGAGGGCUUAAAAGUGUUUUGAAUAUGUUUCGUGCAUCCCAAAGCCCUAUUCCAACUGCAGAGAAUGAAGAUAAUAUUGUACAACAUGAUAUUAGCAGCCCUGUUGAUGUGACUUCACCUUCUUCCAUAUCAUCCGAUGUAGCUCAAGUUGCCUUAGCGUCUACACCAAUAGCAGCACGGAAUAAAAGGGAGCCAUCAUCUAAAAGAGGAAGCCCUCAUAAAGAAAGCAUAGUUUUUAAUGAAGACCUUGAAAAAGAGCUUUUGUGGAAAGAUGAAACAACAAUUUUGUUCAGUGAAGAGAAAAUUCCCAUUCACAAGUUAUUCUUUCAACAAUCAAAAAAUAUUGUAACUCGAGUUAAAGAGCAUGACAAAGUUCCCACGGCUCCUGUUGCAGAUGUCAGUUUAAAUGAAACAUUAGAGUUUAUGGAUAUUUCAUAUAAUGAUUCUUUAGUUAAGAAUAAGACUGUCACUGAGUUAACUGAUGUGACACAGGUUGCUGAAUCAGAUAGUGAAUUUGUUGAUUGUGAAACAACAUUUACAAAUGAUGAUAAGAAAGUUGACGAUCCUGAUAUGGAAAGUAGUGCUACAUUCUUAAGUGAUGUUUCAGGGAAUACACUCAAUAAGACUGCUCAAGAGUUGCAAAUGUCAGCAAAUAGAAAGGAAGUCGAUAAUGUAUCCCUUACUAAUGAAUUACCCGUUACAGUUACCCAAGAUAUAGUUGGGGUAUCUGGUAAAGGCAUUUGUGAUGAUAUUAUAUCUACAGAGUCAGAGUCUGAACGAAAAUUAUAUGCUGAAACUCCAAACGAACAUCUAAAUGGAAGCACCUUCAUAUUGAAAUUACAAUCCUGUGAAAAUCCUUUGAGUUCUUCAACUUUCAAUGUUACCCAAGAUAUUAAAACCCAGAAUGAUGUGUCACAGCCUUUAAAUGCAACUGUAAUUGUUGAGAAUGAAGAUAAGCUUGAACUUUCGUCACCUGUUAUUCAAAAUGUAAGAGAAGACUCAAUCAAACCCCUAGAUGCAACUGUGAGUAUUGAAUCAAAUUAUAAACCAAUGUCAGUAUCUACUUUUAUAAUGAAUACUACUCAGAAUAUUACACCAUUUAGCUUAGCUACUGUAGAAGACAUGUCUGUGCCAGCACAUAUAUUGUCAACAGAUAAUAAAAAUGUACAACUCAAUGUGACACAAGAUUUGGAAGAGAAACAUAUUUCAUCAUCUACCUUUAUCAUGAAUACCUCUCAGUUUAUUCAGUCUCAACCAGAAACUGUAAAUGAAUAUACAAAUGCUACAGUCACAACAUCAGGUGGUACAAUAUUAGUUCCUACUGGUAUAAAUAAUGUUACUCAGGUUAUUGAUGAUCACUCAAAUCUGUUAAAAAAGCCAUUAGAUGUCACUAUAUCAUUUUUGUCCAGUGAUAAAUCAGCAGAAUCAUCUACAUUAGUGUUGAAUGCUAUCCAAGAUGGUGAAACUUUCCUGGCUAGUAAUAAGGAUAAUAAACUCCUAGAUACUAUAAUAACAGUAGAUUCUACAGAAAAUCCAGCAUCAUCUACAUUUAUUAAAGAUAAUACUCAAGAUAUUGGUUUACACAUGUCUAGAGAUACUGAUCAGUUAUUGGACUCAGAAAAUAAUUCAGGAAUAGAAUUGUCGGACAUUACUAUUACAACAGAAUCAGCGCAAAUACUUGCGUCAUCUACAAUUUCUAGAGAUUUGACAAAUGAUGCCAAGGGUGAAGUAGCAGGGCAAAAUAAAAAUAUUUUCAAUACUAUAGAAAUGAACAAAGAAACCUGUAUAACUUCUGAAUUUCUGGAUAGGACUUUAUCAACAAAUACAACUGUGGCAUCAGAAGAUUCAAAUUGUAAAAAACAAGAAAUUAUGGAUCAACCAAUAGAAAUAUCAAGAGAAUAUGAUGGUGAUUUAAGUAUUCAUAGAAACUUUGCCUCUGAAACACAAAAUAGUGAUAUUUCUAAACCUACAGAUGUUACAAUGUCAGUAGCAGCAUCUGAGGCUGCUAUAACAAAUAUUCAGUACACACCAAAAGAAAACUCUCAAUUUGAAAUUGCCGUAACUGAUAUUGAAUCAAAAGAUUUUGUUGACUAUGAAAAGAACCAAAUAGUCAUUGAUCAAGACCAAGUGCAAGAGAAUUUUAAAGACAACAAUCAUGAAAUUCAAUCUGUGAAACCAGACAUACUACAUAGUACUGGUGACGCUGCUAAACUUUUAAUAAAUGAAACUGAAAGGAAAGUUAUAGAAUUUGACAGUACUGACGAAGUAAUCAAACCACUUGAAAAUAAGAGAACUGAAGAAUUUCAACCAGUUCAUAUUCCAUUACCAGAUGAAGAUGACAUUGAAUUGGAACCAUUGUCAACUGAUCAACAUGCAAGUGAAAAUAACGCAGUUAACUCAAAUGGUCUUCCUGCCGUUGUCAAUAAUUUAGAAUCCCUGAAAAUUCAAGACACAAAUCUAAUUGACAAUUUGCCAAUCAUUUCAACAGAUCACGUUGAAGCGCCAGCUGAUUCUAUUACCGAUACUAUAAAUAUCAAAUCCGAUGUAAUGAAUGAUGAUUACAAAAUGAUUACUGAAAACAAUUUUAUUGAAACAAACAGAUCUGACCAAGAAAAGUUUAUCAAACCUGAAAAUGUUCCAAAUUCAACUUUAUCAAAUGAAAAAGACAAUAUUAAGAUGGAAAGCGAUGGAAGUAUUUGUCUGGAUUCAAAACUGUUAGAAUCAAAAUCAGAACAGCAGCUAGAAUCAAUGGACAUAAGCUAUCAACUUGAAGUUAAUCAGAAUACUACUACAACUGAUCACAGUCAAAAUAAUCUGAAUGUACCAAAAGAAACAUCAGAUGUGUCAAAUGGACAAUGUCUGGAUUCACAUGACAUACAAGCCCAGUCUGAAAACGAAUUUAUUGAUUAUGUGAAAACUGCAGCACCUUCAAAUAUAAAUACGAAAACUGAAAAUGAGACAGUACUAGAAUCUGUACAAUUUAAACCUAACACUGAAAAUCAUGUGGAUAAAGUUAUACACGAAGAAAUAAUAGUUUCCGAAAAUAAUAGCCCAUAUGUUUUGGUAUCGGUAGAUAAGGAUGUUGAGAUUGAUAACGACAAAAAAGAUAACAGCCUUGAGGAAGAUUUUGAACAGAUCGACAAUCCGUUUGAUAGUGAUUCUAAAAUAUCGCCACCUAGAUCUCCUCCAAUCGCUUCCAAAGGAUACAACUUUAAUUUCGAUGAAAUAGACGAUCCAUUUGCAACAAAAACUAAAAUUAGAACUUCACCACCUUUAGAUUCUCCGAUGCAACUCCAUAAAUCAGAAGAAAAUAUAAAAGCCAAAGAUCCUGUCAAAAAGAGUAGAAAGUCGUAUCCAGUUAGAGCCAAAUCUGCAAUUACCAAAAAGAACUUCAAUAAUAGUUCUGUAUCUAAACAAUGCACAACAAACAUUAUUAAUGAAAAUAAUUUGGAUGGCGAUAAUUUGUCUAAUCUAAACAAAGCCAAUGAAGUCAAAGAAAAUUCGUAUGUUUCAACUGAAGUUGCUGACGUUAUCAAAGUUAAUGUAAUUGAAAAGUCAGAAUUAGAACAUAACAUAGAUAACACAUCUAAAUCUAUUGAAGGUAUUCAGAAUGAAGAGAAAAAUGUUGAAGACAUUGCACCAGUAAUGUAUACUCUAGAAGUGAAAAAAAAUGGUAAUAAAUCACCAGUAACUUUAAGUACUCCUUCGUCUUCGGACCAAUCAAUCUAUUUAUCAGCAGCAACAUCUUCAGGCGAUAGUAUUACUGUAAGAAAUGUUUUUAAUUUGCCAGAAAUUGAUGAUAUGAAUUUCAAUCCUUUUUCAACAAAAUCAAAACUUAGUUUAUCGCCCCCACCAAACUUGAAACAGGAAGAACCAAAUGCAACAGACGGUAAAUUUGAUUCUCAAGGUAAAACUGAGAAUUCCAAUGACAAACAUGUUGUAGAUAAGUCACAUAGUUUUUCAGAACAAAAAUCCAGUCACGACGAAAAGGAUUCUUCAAAUGCAAGUAAUACCACUUGUUCUUCUAAAGAUGACAAAGACACAACUGUUCGGGAAGUCCAUACAGAUGAUGAAGACACCAUAGAAGGGCCUUUCCUUGAUACUGAAGAUAGCGAAAUGAGAGAAUUCGGUCUACAAAAUGCAAUGAGAAAUAAAGAACUAGCAGGAUUGGAUCUUCAAAAUGACAUGAUGGAGUUUUCUAAUUUGCCUGCUCAAGAUGAUGAGGAAAACGAGUUGUUUAUAGAUGCAGCAGCAUAUGAAUUUCUGCUUAAUCAGAACAAGAGUAAUAUGGUUAUGGACAGCGGAAAAGAGAGCCUAUUUUUGAAGUUUGACCCCUUAUUUGCGAAGAGAUUGUCUUCUGAAGGAAUUGCUGCUGCAUUAAGUAAAAUACAAAAAAGGCAAAGCACACCUAAAAAAAUCUCAAAGCCGCCACCAUCCUUAGCAGAACAGGCAGGUCCCUCUACAUCGAAACUUUCUCCACAAGAAAUCGUUACUGAAGAAGCUAUCGAGGAUUUAAAUAUCACCACAUCGAAACCAAUGAUGGUAGUCACACCUGCAGUGAAUCCGAUUGUCAAACCGCGAAAAUCGACCACUCCCGUAAGCUCUAACCGUCGCUCUAUCACAUUCACAUCUCCUGCCAUUGCUGUUAUUGACAGACUACUAUCUUUAAGUGCCAACAACUCUUUAGUUGACCAAAACACGACUAUAACCCAUGUCAGCAGAGAGCAUGAAGAAGCGGAAAUGGCUUUAACACAACUUAGAGAAUUGUUGGCCGAAAAAGAAAUAAACGUUUAUAAUUUAAGAUCUGAGAGUAAAGAGUUAAAAGAUAGACUAUUAACGCUCGAAUCUCAAAUGAAAGUUUUAGAAACAGAAAGUGAGGCAAGACUGAAGAAGGUAAAUGAAUUGAACGAAAUACUUACAGAAAAAACUAAAAUCAAUAAGAGCAUGGCGGCUGUAGUUGAGGAAUAUGAGAGAACGAUCGCGAGCCUGAUAGCUGAAACGGAACAAGACAGAAAGAGACAUGACGACGAACGAGCUAGGCUAAUAAAAGAGAGAGAUGAACAAACAGCUCAUCUAGCAAGCAUGGAGGUUUCAUUUAGUGAUUUACACAGCAAAUACGAAAAAAGUAAACAAAUCAUCCUAAGUUGUAAAGCAAAUGAGGAUACUUAUAAAAAAUCGAUAAAAGAUUUCGAAGAGAAUCUAACAAAAAUGCAAAAUAAUUACGAGUUGUUGAAACAACAUGCGACUUCGAAGUUGAAUCACGCAAACCAAGAGUUGGAAAAGAUGAACAGAGCCCAUGAGUCAGAGGUAUUGAAGCUCAAUGCCAUGAUUAAGAGGAAGGAGCUUCAUAUAACAUCGCUAGAGGAGACUUUGGCGCAAAAAACAAAAGCGAACGAAGAACUCACCGCGAUUUGCGAUGAACUCAUCAACAAAGUCGGAUAGUCUAAACACCUUUGUUUUAUAUUCAUUGUGAUGUAGACAGAAUUUGGUUUCUCAUCAAUACAUGUAAGGGCGACACGCCUCAGAUUUCUCUUUGUCGGGAUAAAUACUGUCGGUGUAAACCGAGGCAGAGUGACAAACUUUCUGCAAUUUAAGAAUUCUCAAUUUUUGGCAACGACCUUGCUGCUGUCGAAUCAUUCACCAAAACUAAGAACGAAAAUCUCGUAAAACAUCUUUGGAGGUUUUUUUUCUAGUUUUGCUUCAUAUCUAGUUUAGCUUAUGCACUUAUCAAAUGAUAAGUUGCAAUAAGAAACAACUAGUCUCUAGCGUGCCAAACCACUAGUGCUAAUAAAAAGUUAUUCCUGAUUCAUUGUAUUUAAAGACUGCUAUUUGUGAUAUGGAAUUCGAAUUUUAGUAGUCAUAAUUUAGAUUUCAGCGAAUGCGGUCAAAAUUCAUGUUAAAGCUUUGACACAUUUUAAUUAUGCUGGUUAUAAUCAUGAUGUGUUAAUACCUUAGAAAUAAAGCUGAAUUUUUUAUCCAUUUAUAUAUUUCAAAAUGUCGCACAUGAUUGUGACUGAAAGUACAUAAGAUAUUUAUUUUGUAAGUUACAUUUGAAAUUUUACAUAUUUUUUGGAUCAUGUAAUAUUGUAAGUGAAAUAUUUUUGUAGAUAUGUUGGAAGAGAUGUUUAUACUGUUUCCUAAUGCAUGUUGUUUAGAAAUUAGAUGUCCUAUAUGUUUAUAUUUCCAAAGCUUGACGAGUGUAGUAUAGUAUUUUUGUAUAAGUGAUAAGUUUGACAUUGUAAUUUCCAAUAUUCCGAUCUCUGAGAUAGCACACAGCUAUGUUUGGUUGUAAAAUUCAAAGUACAAGAAACAUGGUGAGUGCCUUUAUUUCCUCUCACUAAUGACUUGACUACGAAAUGAUGCUGUUAGCUAAAACUGUAUUUUGAUAAUUCAUGUUUAUAAAUAAAAUUCGCCUUUAUGUAACGUUAACUUCAAGUACAUGAGCGUAGAGUUAAAACCAUGAUGGAUUUCAAUAUUCGACAAUAAUGUCCCAUAAAAAUGUUCUUAGCGUAUAUUGUCGUACCAUCGUCAUAAUUGUGUUAUUUUUGUAAGCUGUAGUCAAAUAGAGACAGAUUAAUAAAACGCUAGCUACUCAGAAAAUUACUUGGACCAUUUAAAUACUUGACCUAUCUCGCAAAAUUCGCUGAAAUUAAGUUUAUAUUCUUUUAAAGUAUAAGCCCACAAGUAUAGCCUUGGCUAGCUCUAAGAAUUAUAAAAAGCAUAUUUUUUUAAUGAUUAUAAUAAAAUAAAACAAGUUGAUUUAUACCGAAGUAUUAAUAUAAUUAGCCCUGUUUAAAUAGAUGAUUGCAAAAUCACGCGUAAUAAAUUUAUUGAUCAUGGUUUAUUGUUUAUUUAAAUACAGGAUAUAGGUAAUAAAUCAUGCCCGUUUUUCGUGAGGAUAGGAAAAGACUCUUGGGAUUUCCCUUUGGCAAAAUCUUUAUAAAUCUCUUUAGAUUAAUGUACACCAUCACUUUUUUCAAUAAACUCGUCGAUUUAUCGAUUUAUGAGUAUUAAGAUAAAUCUCUAACCGAUACUUAUACGCAGUCCAAAAAAGUUAAACAGAUUAGCUAGCGUUUUAAAAAGUUGUCCAAGUCAAUUAAAGAUUUCUUAAAAGUCAAUUAAAAAUUUCUUAAGUGAAAACAUAUUAUAUUUGAUUGUCCCACUGAUUGUCACAUAUCCGAGAGUGAGGUAACGUAACAGACAGCUGCAUAGAAUGGCUCAUUAAGAUUUGAAGAUAAUAUGCUUUCUCGAUGUCGGAACUGUAACUUGCUAGGGAAAGGUAAAUAAAAUUUUUCGGAAAGAAGUUGAAUGAACAAUUGUUAGCAGUUGCGUCACCUCUGUAGUUUUAUUAUACCUAUUUUAAUUAAUAAAGUUGACAUUUUCAUAUUA